AACCUCACUUUCCCUCCCAGGUUUUAAACCCAGCUUCUGAACACAUGCUUUGAGAGCCUCAACACUGAGAAAUUUUUCACAGAGGACUUUAAACAAACACAUGGUGAACUGGGUAGCGCUGCAGAGACCCUUACUGCAUGGGCUCAUGAAAAUGGCAGGGGUGCGGCCGUACACGGUAGAGCUCGAACCUGGCACGUCCAUGAACUUUUGGGUUCCAAAUGAGACCCUCGACAAGCCCAAGAAGGGCCAGAAGCCCACCGUCAAGGCCAGCCCAACAAAGCCCGUCGUGGUCCUCGUGCACGGCUUCGCAGCCGAGGGGAUUGUCACGUGGCAGUUUCAGAUUGGCGCGUUGAGCAAAAAGUACUCAGUCUACGUCCCGGACCUCCUCUUCUUCGGCGGCUCCGCGACCGAUAAGGCGGACCGAUCACCGACUCUGCAGGCGGAAUGUUUGGCUGCGGGGUUGAGGAAGCUCGGGGUGGAGAGGUGCACGGUGGUUGGGUUUAGCUACGGCGGGAUGGUGGGGUUCAAAUUGGCCGAGCUGUACCCGGACAUGGUUCGAGCCCUGGUGGUUUCCGGCUCGAUCUUGGCUAUGACUUGCUCGGUCAGCGACGAGACCAUGGAGAGGCUUGGGUGCGGGUCUUCUUCGGAGCUUCUGCUGCCCAGCUCGGUGAAGGGGCUCAAGAACUUGCUCUCUAUUGCUGCUCAUAAGAAGCUUUAUUUUCCUGACCGGCUUCACAAGGACUUCCUCGAGGUGAUGUUCACCAACAGGAAGGAGAGAGAAGAACUCCUUGAAGGUUUAGUCAUUGAUACCAAGGACCCAACAAUCCCCAAAUUCCCACAGAGAAUACAUCUGUUGUGGGGUGAAAAUGAUCAGAUAUUCCAGCAGGAGCUUGCCCACAACAUGAAAGAGCAACUAGGAGAAAAUGCAACAUUUGAAGGCAUAAAGAAGGCGGGUCACUUGGUCCACUUGGAAAGACCUUGCGUUUACAAUAGAUGUCUCAAGCGAUUCCUUGCUUCCCUCCCCCAUGAAGAUGGAGCUCAGAAAUAAAACCCAAUCAUUCUAUGUAUUUGUCUUCUCCUUCCUAUCCUAUAUAUUGCCAACCACGAUGUUUGCUCCAA